GCGCCGCUUCUCGGUGCAAGUGCAAGCCUUGGCCGGUAAGGGCUUGCGGAAGGGAAAUACGGGGACUGACCCUGCUCGGUGUCGCUCUCUUCAGCGAUGGCAGCGCGGGAGGCCGCCGAAAUGUCCUUCUUCAGUCUGAGCGGCGUGAGAGAGCGGAUGCGGGAGAAGAAAAAGGGUGCCUUGAGGACUGCGAAGUUGAAUGCCUCGCUUGCAUCAAAAAUCAAAACGAAAAUCAUCAACAACUCCUCCACUAUGAAAGUCUCCCUAAAGCAGAACAAUAAAGCAUUGGCUCUGGCCCUCAAUGCGGAGAAAGCCAACGCACAGCGGCUCACCCAGGAGAAGAUCAUCUUACAGAAGGAGGUGAAGCAGUGCCACUUCCAGAACGCUGUGCUGCGGCACAGGCUUUCCUUCCUGAAUAAUAUGUUGAAAAAAAUGGACAAUCUUAUGGCUGCAGUUAAGACGGCUGAGCUGCUUGAGUUCCAUACAAAUUCUGCAUCCAUGUCCAGUGGCCAGAAGAGCAGCAUGACUGAAGAUAGCUGGGCCGAUGAUAUUGCAGAUGGUCAGCUUCUGAGGGUUACACAGAUACCGAUGAGAGUGCCCAUUUCCAAGCUACGUGAUGCAGAACAGCAAGGUGGCAGCUCCACAGCAGUACUCACAUCCUCAGGACAAUUUCAGAGACCUGCUUCUAAUGCAGGAGAACUUCAGAGAUCUGCUUCUAAUGAGCCCCUGAAAAUUGUGCCCAGUGCCUCCAAAGAUACUUUGCCACUGCAGCACAACGAGAAGCCUCAGUUCCAUCAGGAAGAGAAUGACAAGAAGGUGACUGAAGCAAUGGCAACAGAGGAGGCUUUUCCUGACUCUUGCAUCUUUGGAGAGGUCUUGUGCACUACUGAACAAAAUCUCGACAAUUUGCCAGCACUUGCCUGGGAAGGUCAUACUCUUUCAUAUGAGGCUGAUGAGAUGGCAAAAGAUUUGUUUGAUCAUCUGUCAAAAGGGCAUGUUACUCAGAGGAGAAAGCGUUCCACCCUGUUUGCUACAAGCACUCCAUCUUCUGGUCUGGAUAUCUUCCCACAUGGCAGUUCCACUCAGGCAGCUGGGGAUAGUACUGCACAGGACAACAGCAGCUCCAGCAAGAACAACACACAGCAGCAGCUGAGAUCUCCCAGUCCCCCGGCUUCACCUACUCAAACUGCUGUUAUUUCUCAUAGAAACUCUGUGGGUAAAGAGACUUUCUGUGAGCAGCUACAGACAAAAGAAAUGGGGUGUGGUGUUGAAACAGACCCCAGCUAUAGCCAAGUCCCUGAGUUUGUUCCUGUAAAGGUUAAAAGCAAAGGUAGUUGUAAAACUGGAGAGAAAAAGACUGUUAAAAAAGCAAGAACAGGAAAAAAGAAAACAACUGCAAUUAAAAACAAUGCAGAAAGUAGUCCUGAUAGAUCUCAAGGUGAAGAAUGUGCUCAAAAUGCAAAGAAGCUUCUUAAGCCAAAAGUUGCAACAUGUUGUAGUGAGACUGAAGUCUGUGAGAUGGGGCAGAAGGCGUGUGUGGGGACUUUUGGCAGGAAGAAUAGAGACUGUAGUGUGGAGCACCAUUCCCACUGUCCUGAUGGAGUCCAAAACUUUGGAAGUACAUAUGUGGUGAAUCCAGCACAGCUGCAGAGUCUUGAAAGUGUUGACUUAAUGCAACAGGUUAAGAAGGGACCUAUCUUUGAGAUGCAAAGUAUGGAGAGCUUGCUCAAACCCCCAGCUCAUACCUUCUCAAGUCAUGAAGGUCCCUCAGGUGAUUCCAGUCUACAAAAUUCACUUUUCUUGAGGAAAGAGACUUCAAGUGCCUGUGCUUUGCAAGAUGACUCAAGUGUGAGCAGAAAGAGCAUCAGACAGAAAAUCAAGAGAAAAAUGAGUAAUUGGGCAAAGAGAUGAUUCUGAUAGGAAGUAUCUACCAGUGUGAUAAUAUCGGAGGGUCAAAGCUGAAGAACAGCCUAAAAGAAGCACAACAAA